GUCCUGGGUAUGACGUUAAACUGCAUCCAACUGGUCCUCCAGGUUGGGGGUUGGGCGUGAGGUUAACAACCUCACCCUGUAAAAACAAAAACCUGUUACAGAAACGACGAGAGGAAGCCAUUCCGGUAAACCACGGCGAAGAAGAGACGGCACAUCCUUGGAUGUAUCUAUGACGGGGCCGGGUGAAAUCCAGCAGGAAGCCCGACCCCUGAUGACCCCGAUCUUUGGAACCAAAACCAACACCAGAGUAGGCACCUGGAAUGUGCGCACAAUGUUCCAGUCUGGUCGCAUGGACCAGGUGCUGAAGAAUAUGAGGGACUAUCGCCUGGACAUCUUAGGCGUUAGUGAAAUGAGGUGGACGGGGCAAGGGCGCCUCAUGGUUAAUGGAGCAACUUUUCUGUACUCUGGGAAGCAAGACCACCAUUCCCAUGGAGUCGGCAUCAUCCUCUCCAGUAGUGCAGCAAAAGCAUUGAUUGGAUGGAAGCCGGUGAAUGAACGGAUUAUUACGGCAAGGCUCUACACCAGAUAUGCCAAAGUAACCAUCGUACAAGUCUAUGCCCCAACCGAAGCUGCCUCAGCGGACGAUAAAAACACCUUCUACAACCAGCUCCAGACCGUGCUUGAGGAGAUCCCCUGACAUGACGUCAAAAUGCUGAUUGGAGACUUCAACGCAAAACUGGAUAAUGACAG